AUGUAAAGAUAUAAUAUAUAUUGAGAAAUCUCAACAGUAUGCAAUAUAUAGUCAAACAUACAUAGAAUCGUAUUAUAUUCGACCUUUAAAAGGGGAUAGUCAAUUAAGAAUAUCUUUUGUCAAAUCAUUAGUAUUCUUUAAACUCGUGUGAAAUUGUGUAACCUUGUGUAAACUUGUGCAUUUCCGUGGCGUCCAAAGGGCGGCUUUUCUUAGCCUUUGAUUUCAUUUCAAAACAACCAAUGUACCGAUUAAUUUAGAUUAUUAAUAUAACUUACAAAGCAAAUGUAAUCAUUUCCAUUAUAAAUUCAACAAUGGAGCACUAUAAGAGGCUUUUGUAAUAUUGUAUACUUCACCUUACACAGGAAUAGCCAUCGACCAACAUUUGGAAUCUCCUUUUAAGACGGGCAAUAUUCAUCGUUCAUUGCUAGUCUAUUAUAGCAUUUUUUUUAUUUUAGUUUACACGAGCAACAAAAUACGAACGCGUGCCCCCACUUGUUUGUUUCAAAAGAAGAAAGAAAUAAUAUAUUAUAUAUUUGCAUGUGCGAAUGGGAAUUUCACACAAAAUCGUAUAUUUUCUAAUAAUUACGUUUUGCUAUAAUAACACUUUAGUAAAAACUGCAUACUCAACGUUUUCAUGGAUUCUAAGAUAAAAAUGUAUAGUAUUUUUUUUAUUUUCAAAUAUGUAUAAUAUUUGUAUAGUUUUACAAUGAAAACAAUAAAAAUAUUUGUUGAAGUUUUAUAUUUGGCUUUUGAAAAAUUUCUGUAGAAUCCUCAUUUAUAGGUUCCCCAUUUAAAAACCACACACACAUAUAUAUAUAUAUAUAUAUAUAUAUAUAUAUAUGUGUGUGUGUGUGUGUUUUCAUAUGGUACAUAUAUAAAAAUAUUAAGUGUACAAGAAAAAAACUGACUAAUAUUUUACCAAAAAAAAAAAAAACUGACUAAAGAGUUUUACUUAAUGCUAGAGAUGAUAGUAAAAUAUUUGGUGGAUUCUAUAUUAUUAUGACUUGAAUAUGAAUAUAAUUUUAUAUGAUAAAAUAUAUGAUUUUUAAAAGAAAAGUUUUUGUAUUUAUUCUCUUAUUGCCCUCUCUUUAGAUGAGGGAGGUAUAUGAUACAGUUUUGAGCAAAGUUUUCAAAAUCUCAGGUACAGUUCUAGUUGACAUCAUAACGAUUGCAUCUAUUGUCUUAUUGUCCUCUCUUUAGAGACUGCACUGACUACAUUUUUGUAGGAAAAAAAAUCAUGGAGGUGAUAAAUAGAGAGUGUGAUAUUAUUUUCACAAUUUGAGAGAGGAUUCGACUGUGACAUUCAAAAUUUCGAACAUCACAUAUUUUAGCUACAUUUGCAUGUGACUGAAUAUAUUUGAACGUUUUGUUUUUCAUUUUAAAACAGAAACCUUCAAAAAAUUUAAGACGGUCUUGGUAUAAUUACAUGAACACUUUGUAGUGUAAAUCACUAUUCUUAAAUUAAUAAAUAGACGGUCCAAAAUCAAUCAAUGUGGUCACUGUCCACACAUUUUAAAUUCAACGAAUGGCAACAUAAACAAUCUCAUGGCCUUAUAAAUACAACACCUUUGGGGCAUUCUUACUCCAGAUCCAAACACAAGUAUUACUCAUAUAUACAAACUCAUAAACCUGAGCUCUAAAUUCCUUCGAAACAAGAAGGAAACAUGAAGCUAUUCGCUCUCAUUUUGAGAACUAUUAUCAUAUCGAUAAUAUUUGAUCAAGCACCGAUCACCACUGAAGCAAGAAAGUUGAGGAAAACAACCGGCCAAGAUCAUUUCAAAGCUAGAUCUACAGAUGAGUUUGUGCCUUCUUCUCCAGGAAACAGUCCUGGCAUGGGACAUAAAAGAGGUAAUGCAAAUGUCGAAAGGUUCCAAGAUGACUUCAAGCCCACGGAAGGAAAAAAAGUUCACAAAACCAGUGGUCAAGAUCAUUUCAAAACCGGAGUUACGGACGAUUUCGCACCUACUUCUCCAGGAAACAGUCCCGGGAUAGGGCACAAGAAAGGACAUGCAAAUGUUAAAGGGGUUGAAGAUAACUUCAAGCCCACGGAAGGAAGAAUGCUGCAGAAAACGAACGGUCAGUCUCAUUUCAAAACCGGAUUGACUGACGAUUUCGCACCUACUUCUCCGGGACACAGUCCUGGGAUGGGCCACAAGAAAGGGAGUGCAAAUAUUGAAGGGCUUAAAGAUAACUUCGAGCCCACGGUAGAAAGAAAAUCGACAAAAAAGGACGGUCAAGAUCAUUUUAAAACCGGAACUACGGAGGACUUCGCACCUACUACUCCAGGAAACAGUCCCGGUAUGGGUCAUAAGAAAGGAGAUGACUUCAAGCCUACGACACCAGGACAUAGCCCCGGAGUUGGUCAUGCCGUCGAGAACGAUGAGCCUAAAACUUAAUAGCUGCUAGCUUCAUUUAAUACAUUACACUACUAUAUGCAUUUUUGAAAUUAUUUUAUAAUAUAUACACAUUUGUAAUAUUUAAUGAUGGAUUCAUAAUUCCAAAUCAAGAAUAAACUAGGGAUAAUUUUUGUUUCGACUUAUCAAUAAUAAGAAUGUUUUGUAACAUCCGAAACUCUUGAUGUUGUUGUAUGUUGAUAUUGUUUGUUCGUUAUGAUUUUUAAUCGUACUUGUUAUAUCGUAAUGGUGACCGUUUGACCAAUUUGAGUUCACAUUGGAUUUUUGGGUUUAGUUUGGUAGGUUACAUUCGAAUUUAUAUAUGUUUGGGUUUGAUUAAUAAUAUUUCAGGUUCGGAUAGUUUUUAUAAAUUUUUAAGAUAUAUUCUAGAUCCAAAUCCAUUUUGGUUUGGUUAAUAGUAAUUCGGAGUCAUUACAUAACACUUCAAAAUAAAUAUGACAUUGAAUACUUUAAUUACUUAUUUACGCUAUAAAUACUAUUUUGGGUACUUCUCAGAUAUUCAGGUUUGUAUUUUUAUUCGGAUAUUUGGGUAUCCGCAGCUUAAACUCGGAUUCGUAUAAAACUCAUAACCUAAAAUACCGCUUUCAUGAUCCAUUCAGAUAUUUUUACAUAUCAAAUCAGAUUAAGUUAUAAAAGCCCUUAUUUGCCAACAUGAAUUAGAUAUAUAUAAUCCGAAGUACGUAAGAAUGAGUACUGCUGAUUGCAAAUAUAUUCUGAAGUAUUUAACUGUAGAAGAUAUUUUGUACGUCCGUAUUUGUUUCGAUAGGGUCAAAACAAAGCUAGAAUAAAUGGGUUGCUAAAAAAAAAGCUAGAAUAAAUGGAAGGUCUAUAGAUUUCCAAAUUGGGGAAACGAACAGCUAUUUAGCUAUUUGGCGCUUUUCACUUUUUUUUUUCUGACAUCGCGCUUUUCACUAUUAAAACAUUUUUGUUUUUGAGAAAACAACACACUGAGGCCUGGCCUAACUAAUUUCUACAACUUUCAGUUGUUUUUUUUUUUUUGGUAAAAUGUUAAAUUUUAUACCAAUUUUAAGAUUUUUUACCGAAGUUACAGAGGCACAACAAAGAAACCAGAAAAAAAAAACUACAAACAGAGACUAUAUUGCAACAAAUUUAAAGAGACAUAACCAAAAAGAUAAAGCACACAUUUUAGCAAAUUAACAAGGAAAUCUCUGAUGAGGAAACACCGAUUCCAAGCUUCCAAAUCUGGAAAUUUGUGUAGUUGCCACAGUUUCGAAAAACUGGAGUCCCCAUCUUAGUUGCCAGGAGCACCUCAGAGAAAGGCUCAUCCUCAAAACCUUGAAUGAAGAGAGUACCUACAGCUUCUCCGAGGAUUAACACAAAAACGAAACCAAAACAACAACCCUCAAACCACUGGCGGCACGGGAGCUUCUACGGACAGUCAGAGAGCCGCCUCCAACCGUCACCCUCGAACUAGAAAAGCCACGAGGAUCAUCUCCCACAGUAGAAAAGAACUGCUUAAAUCAGGAUCGCCGCCUCUAUUCCACACCAAAUCACCACCGGAGCUUUAACGAGACUCAACACUCCUGGAAUCCGUCACCAAAUCCGUCAAACAAUAGUCGAAAACUAAACAAACAACUUUCAGUUGUUGUGUUGAUUUGUUGCCGUGGCUGAGAAGUUGGUGCAUCCUAUAUCAAUACUUGUACAUAUACAACAUUUUUGUUUUUUUAUUUAGUGAUCUUCUAAAUAAUGAAAUUAUGAAAAUAUGCAUUUUUUUUUAAUUAGCCGAAGAGUGAGUGUUUUAACAAAAGAACAACCUUUUUGUACCAGAGUCAAUAAAUUAUCAGACGAUUAAUCAGUGAUGACCCCAUGCAACCUUACGGGGUUUUAUUUUACUCUUAUUAAUCGUUAUUUAACAAGUUGGUCUACUAAAGCGUUUGUACAGGAACCUCACUAUGGAGGAGAUCUGAUAAAGCACAUCUUGAAAAAGUAUCAUAACUAUAAGGCUAUAAGUAUAAUAGUGUAAAACAUAAAUUUAAAGUAGCAUAUCAUUAUUGUAAACCAUGUUCUUGUAGUGCACCAAGAAGCCUAAUUAGAAUUCGUACACAUAAUACGAAUAUUCUUCUUAUUUCGACGGAUGUUGUUAAUUUGGUCGCUAAAGACAAAGAGUAGAGUAUGUGCAACAACGAAAGCAUAAUGACGCCGUUGUCACGUGGACGUUUGGUUGAACUAUAAACAAAUGAGUAAACAAAUUUACCAACUUUCUUUUCUUUUCUUCUUUAUUGUUAUUUCUCCUUUUUUUCUUUUCUGAAUAAGUACGUUACCUUAGGCUAUUAUUACCGGGAGAGGCUCCUAUUAAAAUUUUAAACAAACUUGUGAAUGUUUUUUUUUAAUACUAAUCAAUAGAUGAGUGACAUGUGCUAAACCAGUUCCUCAAAAAAAAAUUGUUAAGAGCAUCGUAUCUUAAACAAGAACGAUUUUCAUUUACAUUUAGUUUUACAUUUUCAUUUUUUUGUUCAAUUCUUCAUUUUCUAUUAUUUAUUUUUUCAAGAGACUCACUAAAAUGCACUGAUGCGGUUGCUCCUAUUUUUCUUUCCCUUUUCGGGCUUCUCUGACAUUAAGAGCAUGAUUAAUGGAGAGUUCUUAGAGUGAAUCUUAACGGAAUAUAAAAAAUCAUCUCUUAACUUUUAACUGAAAAAGUUAAGAAUCGGUUUUUAAAUAAAGUAUUUAAGAGCGGGUUCUUAUAACAUUAUACAAUGUUUUAGGGCUAUUACAAAGAGAUAUGUAGGAAGUUACAAAAAGCACUAAAUUAAGGAGUAACGAUGUCUUACAAGGAGAGUUAUAUAACAAGAUCAAUAGAGUGACGAAUGCUAUAGAUGGUUAGAUAGAAGCUCUAUGAAAGGAUCUGAACCAAUGCAUUAUUAAUAAUUGACCUACCUUAUGUCCACAGUUCGGUUUGCCAUAAGCAAUCGACCCACUUUUAUGUGUGCCUCAUUAAGCUCAUCAUACUGCAAACUAAUAUCAGAAAACGGGGGUUGUUAUCAUUUUAUUUGUUAUCACGCAAUAAUACAACUGGAACAUAACAAAAGAGUAAUACUUCCACGUUUGUUCGUCUCAUUUUUCUCCAUUUAUCUUUGACGUAUUUUCUCCAUUGAUGAGAACUCAUUGCAAUUUUGCAGAUAAAUUUCAUAGUUAUUUUGAUAAUUUUUUUUUUUUUUUUAACUUUGGUGUGAUCCCAAAAACUUUCUAGGUCCAAGAACUAGUUACCAAGAGGCCCAUAGAAAUUCAGGUUUUUUUGCCACUUAAACGUCUAUGGAUGGUCAAGGAGAAUCGAACCCAUGGCGAAAGUUCCAACUGAAACCUAUUUAUCACUAGACCAAGAUCACUAGGUUUUGAAAAAAAUUUCAUCAUGCAUGCAUCUAUUUUUGCGUCUUGAUUCCUUUGCUUUCACAUUUUAUCUAGCAUAUUUGAUAUUAUAGCUAGGUGAUUACUCUUUUAGAUUUUAUAAACUGUCUCACUGUGGACUCGUGUGAUUACCCCUUUCUUUAUUCAUAUCAAAAUCUUCAUAUCAAAAUCAAUAAACUGACAUUAUCCGCUAGAAAUCCAAAUAUUCACUUUCGAUUCUUGUUUGAGAAUUCGUUUCAUCAUUUGUUUGGCGUUAAAGUUUGUUCAUGUUCUAGUUGUUCCCGUUUUAGUUAUGUAAUGAAGUAUGAAGAUUUGCAUUUUAGACAACGAUACUAGAUCUGCGUUCGAAAUUUCCGAAUGCUACUCGGAGCCUUUGUUUCUGCUUUUUUUCAUUUCCAAAGUCCAAAUUACUACUAGUCAACACCUGCUCGGAUAUCGAUCCCGUCGGACGAGACCAUAUCUUGAUUUUUGGAAAGUAAGAUUGAUGGCCCAUCCAUUGGCUUAAUCGGUGUCUUAGUUGACCACCAAAAGAAAAGUGUUAUCAAAGUCACAAGUUCAAAAACCAACAACAUGGAGAGAGCUUCUUGAUAAACAAAACAAAACAAAAAA